GAAAACUUGACUUCAUCCACUGCGCAACCCACUGUGGACUUUGUCACGUACGCAAAAGCACGAAACCUAGUCAAAAAAGCCUAUAUAUCUAAGACCGCCGACGGACAUUGCCUUUGUCACACUGCGCGACACGAGCCCUCUCCGGCAAUUGGGCUGACCUCACUCAAGAUGGCGCCCGCCAACGCCCGCGCUCGCUCCCACAGUCUACUGCUCUUUCAGAAACUACUCAACCUCCGCGAUGGAGCGAGUCCCUUGACUUUACUUCUCGACUCGUUGGAGCAGCCCGCGCAGCCUGUGGUAGACGAAUUCGUCACCCGAGCAAAGAUAUCAAAGUCCAAAGUUAUAUUCUGCUCUUUCGAGACAUUUAGGAAACCCAAGGAUGUGGACUGCUUCAUCAGAGCAUCUGGCAAGGAUCUCCAGUCCGUGAGGGCGGAGCUCGUGGCUCAAUAUCCGGCAUACGACCCCAUAGCAGCUAGGGACAAAGCAGCUCAAAGAACCAUUGUCAUUAUUGACUCAGUCAACAGUCUAGCAUCGUCAGAUCCGGAAGCGCUCGCCAUGUUUCUCACUACCAUCAUCACACCCGUCAUCUCACUCGUCGCCACAUAUCAUGUCGACGUGCCCAUCGUCCUCCCAAAGUCGUGGAACGAGUACGAGCCGCAUCCAUUCACCAUACUGUGCCAUCUUGCGACGGCCAUCCUACGUCUAUCGAAUCUGCAGCAGGAGAUUGAGCGACAAAAAGCCCGGAAUCGCAGUCUCGUGGAACCAGAAUGGGGCUUGAAGGAGGAAAGGGAAGGUGUGCUCUUCGGUCUCAUAGAGACACCCAAGAAAGAGCCGGGCGUCGUCGUCGCCAUGGAACUCCGCCGUCGAAGUGGACGUACAGUGUCGGAGCAAUUCAUCCUCACGCCCAGUCCACCGCGACCAGGCAAGCUCAUGCUCCUCACAGAUCACGACGUGUUUGCGGCACCCGUGGAUGAGGAGGCGGCAGGGGGCGAGAAUGGAGAGGAGCAGCCCGAGAGUACAUUCAGUCUUGGACUCACAGACAAGCAAAGGAAGGAUCGCGAGGGGAUUGUGCUGCCGUACUUUGACGCACAGACAGAUAUCGGGGCUGGCGAGGGCGGGAGGAUACUGUACGAGAUGGGGCGUGAAGAUGACUUCGAUGACGAAGAGGACGAGAUAUAGAAAGUCUGAUUGGAAUUGGAUGCCGUACGCAAGUUAUCUGGCUAGCAUAUUGCUGGCGCGUUCUCAAUUCCUGUGUUGUUCGUGGAUGGAUGCUGAUGCCAUGACAGACGGCGCCACCAGUUGGCCGAGGCCGCUGCACACCCCUGUCC